AUGGGUGUCACCGUUCCAGAAAACCUAACCAGAGAACAGUACGUGUACCUCGCCAAGCUUGCAGAACAAGCAGAACGCUACGAAGAGAUGGUAUCCUUCAUGCAGAAGCUAGUGCUAGUGUCCACACCCUCCUCCGAGCUCAGCGUCGAAGAGAGGAACCUAAUAUCCGUCGCUUACAAGAACGUGAUCGGGUCGCUACGUGCGGCGUGGAGAAUUGUUUCGUCGAUUGAGCAGAAGGAAGAAGGUAGGAAGAAUGAGGACCAUGUUGUGCUUGUUAAGGAUUAUAGAUCUAAAGUUGAAUCGGAGUUGUCGAAUGUUUGUGCUAGUAUUCUGGAGCUGUUGGACAAGAAUCUUAUACCUUCGGGUUCUUCGAGUGAGUCGAAGGUUUUUUAUUAUAAGAUGAAGGGGGAUUAUCAUAGGUAUUUGGCUGAGUUUAAGAUUGGGGAUGAGAGAAAAUCUGCUGCUGAGGAUACUAUGUUGUCUUACAAGGCUGCACAGGAUAUUGCUGCUGCUGAUCUUCCAUCUACUCAUCCUAUAAGAUUGGGUUUGGCUCUCAAUUUCUCAGUUUUCUAUUAUGAAAUUCUCAACCAGUCUGACAAAGCUUGUGCCAUGGCCAAACAGGCUUUUGAGGAAGCAAUUGCUGAGCUGGACACUUUGGGAGAAGAAUCAUACAAAGACAGCACACUUAUAAUGCAACUUUUGAGAGACAACCUCACCCUUUGGACUUCUGAUGUCCAGGACCAGCUAGAUGAGCCCUGA